AUGGAUCCCAACUCUUCCGGCUUGACUGAAGAUGAUUCUGCUGAGAGUCUCUGGCACGGCCCUGCAGAACAAGAAGCCCCCAGCAAACAAGCCAAUUCUACCAAACACACCUACCAGGAACAACAAGAAUAUGAGGAGAGCCUGCGCCAUGAACUCCAGAGCGUCCGUCAGGUUAAUGAGGCCAUCGAAGGGGUUAUCCAGAGCCUCCAUAAGGCUAAAAGCAAUAUGGGGACUGUGAAUAACACUGUCUCAGCUGCCUCGAGUCUAUUGAAUACAUGGACGAAAAUCCUGUCUCAGACCGAACACAAUCAGCGCCUUAUCCUUGAUCCCUCAUGGCAAGGCGCCAGUCAAGAUAUCGCAGAUAUUGAAGAGGAAGCCCUGGAGAAACAGCGUGCUGCCAAUCGACGAGAAGCCGAGGAGGAGGAGAGGAAGAAAGCAGCAGCAGCAGCAGCAGCAAAACAAGCGCAACAGGAAGAGAGGCGCAAAACUGAGACAGCCAUCAAUCCCACGAGGGGGACUUCGCGAGGUUCUAGAAGAAUUGGGGUCGCGGGGAGAGGCUCUGCUGCAAUGGUAUAA